UAGUUGAGCAGUCACAGAAUGAUGAUUUCUUUGAGAUGGAUAUGCUGAAAGACACUUCAUAUAAUAUACUUAACUCACUUGACUUAAAAAACUCUAUUAUAAAGCAAAACUAUAAUGCUAUUUCUUCACUAUCUUGUGAAAAUGAGAAGAAAAAGCUUCAAUCUCAAGAACAAUUAGUUGGUAAUAAUAAUUUGGUUAUAAAAGAAUCUUCACAAACAUUUUGUGAAUAA